AAUAUAGCUAAGAGAAUCUAAAUUUGUCAGAAGAGCUUUUCCAUUUACCAUUACUGGAGGGAUAUUUUAUUUGAGAAGCUAUCUUGUUUUAAAGAAGUCUCAAUUCUAUUGGGACUCACUUCCAAAAAGGGUAAGUUUUAUUGAAUGUAAUAGAAUAUAAUAAAGGGGAGGUGGAGAUACAAAGUUUCUAAAACACUUAAAGAGAAACACAGUAGGCUUAUCUUCCCAUUAUUUAAUAGGCUUAUCUAUCUGUAAUUCCAUUUUUUUUCCAGAUGCUGUACAAUCAUCAGCUGUUCACUUGUGGCUACCUUUUUGUUUUUCUAACCAGGUCAUUCUGAACUGUGCAACUCACUUGUCCCAGGUGUCACUUAUAGGUUGUGAGUGCUGCAUGUGUGCUUUUCAGAGCAGUAGUGUGAGGAAGCUGUCAGUGGAAUGGCAGGACGGCCUCAUCCUUAUGACAGUAACUCCAGUGAUCCAGAGAAUUGGGAUCGGAAAUUGCAUAAUAGACCUCGUAAACUUUGUAAACAUUCAAGCACCUCAUCCCGUAUUGCUAAAGGAAUAGACUACACAAAAAUGAGCCUCCAUGGUGCAAGUGGUGGACAUGAGAGAUCAAGGGACAGACGCAGAUCAAGUGACAGAUCUCGUGACUCAUCCCAUGAAAGAGCAGAAUCUCAGCUGACUCCAUGCAUCAGGAAUGUUACUUCACCAACAAGACAGUAUCAUUAUGAUCGAGAAAAGGAUCACAGUUCGUCUCGACCAAGCAGCCCUCGUCCUCAGAAGUCUUCUCCUAACGGUUCUGUUGUUAGCAUGGGAAACAGCAGCAGAAACAGUAGCCAGUCAAGUUCAGAUGGGAGCUGCAAGGCUGGUGGGGAAAUGGUAUUUGUUUAUGAAAAUGGAAAAGAGGGAGCUCGGAAUGUAAGAACUUCUGAACGAGUAACACUCAUAGUGGAUAAUACGAGAUUUGUUGUAGAUCCUUCUAUCUUCACUGCACAACCUAAUACAAUGUUGGGCAGGAUGUUUGGAUCAGGCAGAGAACAUAACUUUACACGUCCUAAUGAAAAAGGAGAGUAUGAAGUUGCUGAAGGAAUUGGUUCCACUGUUUUUCGUGCUAUUCUGGAUUACUACAAGACGGGAGUGAUACGCUGUCCUGAUGGGAUUUCUAUUCCUGAAUUGAGAGAAGCGUGUGACUAUCUCUGUAUCUCUUUUGAAUAUAGUACUAUUAAAUGCAGAGAUCUCAGUGCUCUCAUGCAUGAACUGUCAAAUGAUGGUGCUCGCAAACAGUUUGAGUUUUAUCUAGAAGAAAUGAUUCUCCCAUUAAUGGUGGCCAGUGCCCAAAGUGGUGAGAGGGAGUGCCACGUUGUUGUGCUGACAGAUGAUGACGUUGUUGACUGGGAUGAGGAGUAUCCUCCACAAAUGGGAGAGGAGUAUUCACAAAUUAUUUACAGCACGAAGUUGUAUAGAUUCUUCAAAUACAUUGAAAAUCGAGAUGUGGCCAAAUCAGUUCUGAAGGAAAGGGGGCUCAAGAAGAUCCGACUGGGGAUUGAAGGUUACCCUACAUACAAAGAGAAGGUGAAAAAGCGACUGGGCGGAAGGCCGGAGGUGAUUUACAACUAUGUCCAAAGACCAUUUAUUCGAAUGUCAUGGGAGAAGGAGGAAGGAAAAAGUCGGCAUGUUGACUUUCAGUGUGUGAAAAGCAAAUCUAUUACAAAUUUAGCAGCAGCAGCAGCAGAUAUUCCCCAGGACCAGCUUGUGGUAAUGCAUCCUACCCCCCAAGUAGACGAGCUGGAUAUUCUGCCUAUUCAUCCUCCACCUAAUAACAGUGAGAUGGAUAUGGAGGGACAGAACCCACCACUCUGAUCGAGACUCUUUACUAAAAACAAAAGCAUGCUCCUAUAAACUGACUCUGUACUCAACUCAUACUACACUGCAAGUCCAGUUUUUCCAUUGUGUAACAGUGUUUAGGAUGUUGCAGUUUGGACCUCUGAAAAGACCACAGGGAGUACCGGGUUGUUUUUGAAAGAGUACAGGUCAAACAUCCUGGGGUUACAGUUACAUCCAUCUAUGUGUUUACCAGUAGGUUUGUGACAUUGGUGAUUUGUAUGCUGGACUGUCCUUGCUCUUUAAGCCCAUCAAAAACAAUGGGAUGCUGGUGGCUAGUGUACCUCAGUGUUGUUACACAGGGGUUAGAAUGCAGAUUUGGAAUUGAUAGCAGCACUUUAUAAAUGGUUGAUAAAUGGAACUUGAAGCCAUUUUUUAUAAAUGUAUUGCACAAUACUAACAAAGUGCUUCUAUCAAAAGUAUUAACUGUAAAUAGUUUUGCUCUGAAUAGAUUGACCCUUUUAAAGUUAUUGUAUAUGUUUGAGCACAAAACUACUUACUACUGGGUUUUUGGAUUGAGGACAUGAUUCAAUUACCCAUGUAACAUCUUGUUAAAAUCAAAGUUCUUUAGUGAAUUUUUUCACUUGUUUGCAGCGUGAGCCAUGUUUAAAAUUGUGAACAAUGGAUAGGGGCUUUAUCUUAAAUUUUGCCUUACCUUAAGCUGUUCACAAAUAUUUAUUUAAUACAUUUUUCAUAAGUGUCAAGAAACAGGAAAAUGCAAAUGGUUCAUUCUUCAUUAAUGAUUGUAAACAAGUUUUUCAUGCAAAUAAAGUUUCCAUUAUUUUAA